UUCAUCUGACUGAACUUCCCAGCUGUUUAGCUGCACCGUCUGCAUUGCGCCUGUCUCAAAUGAAUGCACUUGUAAUACCAGGCUAGCCCAGAUUUCAGUAAUCAUGUCGACCACCGUGGACGAAAGGAUUUCCGAUGAAAUAGAGGCUUUGGAAGCUAUAUUGAUGGACGAUGUAGUGAUUAAACGUGUAAAUGAUGUGCCACAUAUCAUAGAAACGGUAGUACACCCCUCUACGGGGGAUGAUGUCGACCAGCAAUUCGUCUGUGUCACCCUGGAGGUGAAAUUGACUCCAGGAUAUCCUGAAUGCAGUCCGGAGGUGAGGCUGAGGAAUCCUAGAGGCCUGGACGAUGAAUUGCUGGCGACUGUUAAUUCACAAAUUCGCGAUAAAUUACUUGAUUGUCUGGGUCAACCUGUCGUUUUUGAAUUGAUUGAGUUGAUAAGAGAAAACCUGACUGAGAGCAACCUCCCAAGUGGGCAAUGUGUGAUAUGCCUUUUUGGGUUCGCUGAGGGAGAUGUGUUCAUUAAGACUCAGUGUUAUCAUCACUUCCAUAGCCACUGCCUUGCAAACCAUCUGAUUGCGGGCAAAAAAAAUUAUACAGAGGAGCUUGAGAAACUGCCUAGUUGGCAGCAAAUGCAAGCACCUCCUUACCAGCAAACAUGUCCUGUAUGCCGUUGUCCCGUUUCCUGUGACGUGGACACACUGAAGAAAGCACCUCUACCUGUAGAUUCUGUCACCGCUCCACCAUUCUGUUUAACAGCUGAACUUAAGGCAUUGCAGUUGAAGAUGGCGGCACUACUUGCGCAGCAGGUCGCUAAGGGUGGUGUAGUGGGUGCUGGGGACACUGGACCACCACCACUUACCAUCACUUCACCAUCUGAUAAUGACAAUGCUACAAACGGAUCCUCCAGCGGCCACCCGGAAAGCACAAAGACAGAAGCCCUAUCUGGAGUGCGACCAAAUGGCAACUCAUCUAACGACAAUUUAUCGCCUGGCUCACCACAUUCCCGCCCAGUGUACCGCGGACCUUAUCGCGGGUUCAACCGUCGUGGUAAGCCGGGACGGCGCGGUCGAGGCGCGGCCGGCGGCGCCCCGCGGUGA